AUGUCGGGCUUUGCUAGGCAUGAUCUGAGACCAGGAAACUUCCAGAGUACGACUGCCUUUCCAGAGAGUGCCCGCCGACAAGCUGACAUGUGGAUCUGUUCGUUUAGCUCACUUAUCUAG